AUGUUCUGGCAAACACCAAAAUCAAUCCAAUACGCCCAAUUAUUCCUUGUCGUUGGCCCAGCCUUCAUCCUCUAUGGCUAUAACCAAGCCGGCCUCUCGGCUCUUCUUGAGCUUCCUGAUGUGAUUCACUACUUUCCCCAGAUCGAUACCGUUAACACCCAUGGGGCAACGGAAGCCCGGAACUCGACAAUUGAGGGUCUCAUCAAUGCGUGUUUACAACUAGGCGCUCUUGUUGGCGCCUUAUCCUGCUCCCUUCUCAGUGAUGCCGUGGGUCGAAGACGCAGCAUCUUUAUCGCUGGUGCUUUUGCCGCAGUGGACCAGAUCCUCCAAUGUACUGCGUUCUCUCUUGCCCAGUUUACAGUGGGCCGUAUCAUACUUGGCGUUGGGGUUGGUCAACUGAGUGUCAUCGUUCCUGUAUGGCACUCUGAGAGCUCCUCAGCUGGUAAAAGAGGCCGUAAGGUCAUCACCGCUGGCAUCUUCAUUUGCGUGGGAUUCGUCCUUUUCAUCCCUACACUGCAGUGGCGGCUUUCGCUAGCCAUUCCUGUCAUCUUCUCUUUGACUAUCUGUAUUUUUAUUUUCACUCUUCCCGAAUCCCCGCGCUGGUUAGUUCAGAAAUGCCGUUUAGAGGAAGCAACCGAUGCCCUAGCGAGGCUGAACGGCAGGUCCACCGAUGACGAGAAUGUCCGGGCCGAGAUAUCGCAUAUCAAUAGUUCCCUCGAUACGGCUCCUAAGUUGUCCCUCCGGGAACUCAUCCGCACAGGAGACCAGAACCGAUACCUUUACCGAUUUGCCCUAUGCAUCGCCAUCCAAACGCUGCAGCAACUUGUCGGUGGCAAUCUGAUCUCGAUCUACACCACCAAGAUCUUCCAAGAGAAUCUACAUCUCACCGGAGAUAUCCCGGCAAUUGUCGCCGCCAGUUCCCUCACCUUUAAGUUCUUCUGUUCAUUCAUCUCAUUCGCUGCAGUCGAUCGUCUCGGACGACGGGUGAUUCUCGUGGUGAGCGGAACUGGCAUGUCAAUUUGCAUGAUCGCUAUGGCUGUUUCAACUAGCUUCCCUGCCUCCGACCAUGCUGCAUCCAUCACUGCAGCAGUGUUCAUAUUCCUAUUCAACUUCUUCUAUCCAAUUGGCUUUCUGGGUGGCAACUUCCUGUACUGCACGGAAAUUGCCCCGGUCCAUCUGCGCGCUGCCAUGUCCUCCAUCUCUACCGCAAACCUUUGGCUGUGGAACUUUAUCAUCACGAUGAUCACUCCAACUGCACUGGACACUAUUGGAUGGAGAUAUUACAUUGUUUUUGCUGUAACAUGUGCCUGUGUUCCACUGGUUGUUCUUCCUUUUUUCCCUGAGACCAUGAACCGUAACCUCGAACUGAUCGAUGGGGUUUUCAAAGAAGCCCGUACGAUCUGGGACAUUGUUCCCAUGGCUAGACGACUGCCGAAGGGGGAUGUUUGGACUUCUGUAAGCUAUGAGGAUGAAAAGAAAAACGAGUAUGAAGUGGCUAGUGCGGAGCAGAAAGAGUUCGCUUGA